UGCGCCGUUGAGCAUAAAAAACAAAAAAUAAUUCCCAGGCGAGCUGCUGGACUGGCCGGGACGAUCGCGCAACAUUUUGCCGGAAUACAAAGAAAAAAGUCUCUUUUCAACGCGCAGUGUAGCUUCGUCAGGCCGCGAAUCGGACAGGAGCGGGCAGCAUGUACAAAACAGUGCGCCAAGGGGAGGCCAGGCUCCAGUACACGAUUCUCCCACAGAUCGAUCAGUUUUACGUGAAUGAGAUGUCGUUCGUUCGAAGUUCAGGGGCAGCAGCCCGGCCGCGGAAUCGGGCGGUUAAAGCGAAGUAUCGGAACGGGGUUUGGAGUCCGUUCGAUUUCCCGUCCGCCCUCAUCGGCUAUUUGGGUUUUCGUGUGAUAGCUUUUCUCUUUUGCUUCGGCAUUGGAAUAUAUUUGAUAGAGCAGAUGGUAGGCAACGUUUGCGACGGGAAUCAUUGUCGAGCGACGUUUUCGAUGACGAAGGAAAUCAUCGUCUCGGAUAACAACGUCGCUCAGGAUUACGAGAUAAAAAACGAGUUGGCGGACUCGCUGGUGCCCUCGGAUCAAGCAAAUUCUCCGAAAACUUGGCACCACUAUCCAAAAGCUGCGAAUUCGAUUGAGCCGAGCUCCCUCGACCCAUCGACUGAAGGAGCGAAAAUGAAUCAUUCGGGAGCGACCAUUGGCGAUUUCCCAAUACCUCAGGAAGCUCGGAGAAAAGCUUAUUCCUCAAGACUCCAAGGGGAGUCAACGACCUCAACGCCGAUGGACGUCGCGUCCGUUUCGUCCAAGGAGUCAUCGGCCAGUCGGUCAAACGGGACGGGCGCUGCUCCGUCCAAGAGCGCAGCAGUGAACGUGCUACGAAAAUGGAAAAUGAAAAAAAUGCCUCGGGUCGCCCUUAAAAUGCGGAGAAACGAGACGAGCCCUCGAGUGUACGUGGGGUCGGGGAUCGCCUCGUACAAAAAAGGUAACAUAACAACGAGUCUUGUUGCUCAACAAUUGAGCCUCGAGGGAGUGAUAUUCAGGGGACCCGAGAACACGAAGCCCUGGCAUGAGAAUUGGCCCUUUAAGGACAACGCCGCAGUUUUUCAACGACUCAAGCACGGAAUAAUGAGAAAAAAAUUGACAAUGCUCGCGAUGCUGCUGUUUUCGACGGCCUCGUUGGUGUCGAUGGCAUUCUUCGUAUUGACGGUGACGAAGCGCCAGUGGCACUUGGUCGAGGAAAUCGACGUGGAAAUCCAAGAUGACUCGAGUUCAAAUUUACUGAGUAUUCAUUAUCAAUAUCCCAUCGACAAGGAAUAGUUGGCCGACGACAAAUGUACGAUCCAUUUAAUCAGACGUUGAGCUCGUCGAUGGUAAGCUUUUGACUCGUACGUUGAGUAACGUAUCGACUGUUUGAAAAUUGAAAAGAAAAAAGUCCAGAAAAUUCGAUAAAAGAUGUUGCAUUAGGGAGUCAGGGCUCCAAAAGUGUCAGAAAAUUGAUGUUUUUUGUCGACGAAUAUCAAAGUCGAUGUAUGUACGUGUCGAUAAAAAAUCGGGGCUCGCGUCCAAAUGACGCAACGGUUGCGUGCUUUUUUCCAUGCACGUACACAAAUAAUUUGAGUCGAAAACCAUAAUCGCGGUGACGAAGGUGUUAUGACUGGAGGCGCGACACUCUUUUUCGUGUGUUUGUGUAAUUAAAUAAACGUCCAAAGUGCGUAUCCUCUUUUCGUUAAACGUUACAUCAUCUUGAGACGUUUGACGGUGAUAAGCCCUGGGGCUGGCUCGGCACGGUGCCAGUGUUUUCAACGGAUAUUGUAAUUAUGGUGACAGAUAAGAGCUUGAGACGUUCGAAAAAUAAUUGUACACGUCAACGCAGAUAGAGAGCAAUGAGGAAAACUGAUUGCAAACAUUGAAUUCUUUCGUUAAUGGCACGUAGCUUAAACGAAGUCUGAACGUGUAGAACUGAAGCAGCGAGAAAUCAUUUUUUUUUUUAUGUUUUUUUUUUCCAUUUUUUCUGAAGUCUAAUUUGUAUUUUUAUUUAUUUUAUUAAAGUCUAACGAUUCAGUGGAUGUUCAUCGGGUGCUUGCAUCGACAGAUUAAAAGAGUGCGAAUUUAAUUUAGCAGCCGAAAAAGGUCUGACGUAACGUCGACAAUUAAUUGCUAAUAUUGCAGUAAAAAAAUUUUAUUGAAAGCUCAUUCGUCGAUGUACAAAUAAUAAUUGCAGAAAUCUCAGAGAACAAUAGCUUCGAGACAUUUGUCAAGGUGCUCAGAAGCGAGAUUUUUACAGAUCACAUCGAAAUGGCUAAGUAGAAAGAGAAUAUAAACGUGGAAGAGAAUUAAGAAGCGGAGCAACGUUCCGAUUGAUCGAAAACAGGAACAGCGAGAUAGCAAAAUCUGAAGAUAAAUGGACGCGAAGGUCGCGGACGACCGGAGGGCGAGAGACGAUUAUAAAUUCUAUUUUUUAUAAUUGUGCAUUUUUUAUCGGCUCGAAAAAAAAAAAAUCAUAGAAAUAUACGAAACUUGAGUACAACCGUAGCCCAGAGAAGGAAAUUUAAAUAUGCGAACGAAUAUGAAUUGUGUAGCGAUAGUUAAUUAAUCAUUUGCCAAUUUGUUGGUUUGACAGAUCGUCGAUUAUUUUUAUCGAAAUGAGCGAGCGUCGCGAUCGAUUGAAUUGUAAUAAGAGGAUCUUUGCUGUUUGAUGUUGCGACUCCCCAAAGCGAGUCUCCAACCUAUUUCUUCCUCGUUCUCACCGUUUAUCGUGUUUCUAUGGGCUAGAAAAAAUUUGGUGUACAUUAUCGUUGCUGGCUUAAAAAAUGACGAACCUCAGGGCCAAUUAUUGACAGGGUAAAUAAAUUUGGCCGGUAGAAAAGUGAAUAUCGAUUCUAUGGAAAGUAAAAUGGUCAUUGGAAUGGAUUAUUCGCAUUCGUGUGUUCGAUAUUGUUGGAGACAGCUGAUAACGAGAGUCAAGUGUUGUCAGGACUACAGUAUUAAUCACCAGCUGUAAUGAAAAUUUUAUCUCUGUGUAUAAAAAAAAAUCACACAAUUGAAAUAAUUGUGAAUAUUAAUUUGUAUGGUCUUUACCAUUAUUGACAUGUUUUACAAUAAAUAACGAUGAGGAAAUUGAGCAAUGGA